GAGUCUUUGAUCGAUGCCAACGAUGGUCACAGUGCCAUUAUCGAGGUUCAGAAUUGGAUGAAUCAUAUUUCGUGCGAUUUAUUUAUUUAUUGUCAUUUGGACCCUCAACAUUCCAUCCAGGCUUGAUGUCAUUGGGCUUGCUGGCUUCUCCCAUGAUUUUGGUUCUCUGGACGGAAAGACAACCCGCGUAGUGGAGGUAUUCAAUACCUUCGCAGGGUCGGUUCCGAAUUCUACUAUCAUUCUUCUCGCCGAUGUGUUCCCUCUACUGCUACAUGUGCCAACAUCGAGGGGUGAUUUGUUCGCUGAGAUGAACCAAACACUGGCGGACGUCUCGAGGAAGUUUCUGCAGAGGUCCAAGGAGGAGAAGGAAGCAGGAAUCAUCGAUGGGAAAAACGACAAGUCUAUCAUUGGAGUGCUGUUAAAAGCAAAAGACUCGGGUGCUGAUGUCCAAUUAUCCGUUGAAGAAAUCCUUGCUCAGAUGAAAUUACUCAUUGUCGCCGGCUAUGAAACUACUUCAGUCAGCAUGACCUGGGCGUUGCUUGAGCUCGCUCGGAACCCUGACAUACAAACUAAGCUACGAACGGAACUGUUGGCUUUUGGUUCCGACCCGACGUAUGACCAACUUACCAAUAACCUUCCUUACCUCGAUGCUGUGGUACACGAGACGCUCCGUCUACAUCCUCCUCUUGGAGAGUUUCUCCGUCAGGCAACAGAAGACGACGUUAUCCCCCUCUCAGAGCCUGUACGUACCAAAUCAGGCCGAGUUGUCAAUAGCGUAUCCGUAACACGUGGCACUCAAAUUGGAAUAUCUACCACCUGUAUCAAUCGUUCAGUCGCCAUCUGGGGUGCAGAUGCAAAAGUUUUUCGACCGGAACGUUGGUUGGAAGAAGGCGGGAUACCGAAGAAGGCACAGGAGGUGCAAGGUUAUCGCCAUUUGCUGACUUUCGUGGAUGGACCGAGGACAUGCCUUGGCAAAGGAUUUGCGUUGGCCGAAUUCAAGACGGUCAUAUUCACGUUGAUUAAGAAUUUUGCGUUCGAGAUGAGGGAUGGACCUGAUACGCAGAUUGAAAUGACUAUGGGAAUACUGCCGAGACCUAGGGUGGUUGGAGAAGGCCGCACAAACGUGCCACUGCGUGUGCGCCGAUUUGGAGUUUAAUGCAAAUAGAUUUACUGGCUAUCAUGUCGUUCUCCCUUUUCAUGUAGUGUGUGACGUGGCGCAAGGAUGUCGCAGUUGACCCAGUUUCUUCCGAACCAAUGUAUAAUGAGCUGGGCGAGUAGUAAUUACGAACAUGCACGACCAUGGCUGGCAUAUGCGGCAUU